CUCCAGCCACCUCUCUCUUUCCCAGCCCCCUCCCUUUUUUUUUCCCAGCCAUGUCCCGUGCUUUUUUCUCCUCCCAAUCCCUCCAUCAUCAUCUCUUCGUCUGCCUCUUUCCCUGAUCCGUUUCAAAGCCGGCUUCCUUUUCUCCUUUUCCAGGUUUUUUUUUGGGGGGGGGAGGUCUCACAAGCUCUUUCCCCCCACCCAUCUAACACCUUCCCACACACACACAUACCCUCCUGCUUUCUCCAUGGGGCUGUCUUUUUCCCCGGCCCCCACCCGUGGUAUUCCCAGCGGAGAUACCCCUCCAUCGGUCUAUCGGCUCUCGCCUUGGGUGUGUCUCUGAAGAGCAUCUGUGCGUUUCCAGCUCUGGCGAGUGGCUUUUUAAAAAAUAAAAAAUUAUUAUUAUUUGAAAAAAUUCGCCUUCCAGCCUGUUUCGUGGGAAUUCAACACUGGGGUGUUCUCUACUUUUUGUACCACCGGGUGUUGCUCCUCACCAACUCUACUGCCUCCCCACCGCUCAGAAGAGGUUGACCAAUUGUGGGCACAGUCUAGAUUGCUUCUGAUGGGCCCUUAGGGAAGAAAACCCCAGGACCCCUUUUUCUGUCUGAGGCAGAGUUUUUGUGGCCCCUGAGUUCCACAACCUCCGUUCACGGAUGUCCUCUUAAGACCAAGAAGAGCUCAUGGAAGCUUAGUUGAGGACUUGGAAGGUCCCUCAGCCACCAUGAAUGGAGUAUCACCAUGACUUCAUGGCCAGCUGCAAUUGGGGAUCCACCUUCUGGUUCUCUGCUGUCCAUAAGUUACCACUGAUCAGCCCAGACUUUUCAACCAAAGAGUUUAGGUCUACACCUUUUUGGCAGUCCUGCAUCUGUCCUGAACUGGUGAAAUGGAAGGUAGUCACCAAUUGGUUGUCUCUUGCUGCUGAAGAACGAGAAGACGCACCAAAAUGAAGUUCUUCUAGGAACUCGCAUGUAUGGUCCUCACCAAAAAAAAAAAACCUCCCACCCUGGGCUCUACAAAGCACUUAGAUUGUCUGUGGCUCCACCAGAUUCCUCCACAGACCUCAGAAAGCCCAUGUCUCCUGAUAUUCCAGGUGUCCAAUUCUUCUCCAAUUCCGUGCACCUCCAGUUAGAGUCUUGAGGACCAUCAACAGAUAACGCCUGGACUCUUGCUUUGUUUGUACUUGGAAGACUUUUUGCGUGUGUGUGUGUGUGUGUGUGUGUCUUAUAAACUACAAAGAGCAGCAAUCUGUGCUGAGAGCAACACUGAUUUUUUUUUUCCAAACAAAUUUUUGCACUUUCACGCCUGUUUUUCUAAACUUUCAUAUAAUCCCAACCCUGCCGCAUGUUCGUGACCACUAAAUGUCGGACUCGCCCUGCCGCUAGUUUCUUCCGGCUUCAGUCCACGGAGGACCUUGGAGGCUGCCAAGAAGACUUUUGGGUUCCUUCUCGGUGCUCCGUAGUUGGCGUCCAAGGAAAAUAAAACAAGCCGGCAUUAGCAAAUUGGAAUUGCAGUUCACCCAAGCCGGCGCCUUCUGGCCACAGAGACGGAGAACGGCUGCCAGAUCGAUGUCUGGCUAUCCAGAAAGAGCCAUGGAGGGCUGAAGCCGGUCUAGGCGGAGCCCAGCCAUGUAGAAACGACUUUGACGGGCAGCAGAGAUGCGCACGGGGACUCGGAGGUAACUGCGGCCCGAUUGACCGGGGAGAAAACAUUACAUGAAUGUCCAAGGGAGGCAGAUUUGAGUUUGAUGAUGGAGGCUGCUAUGUCGGCGACUGGGAAGAAGGCCGGGCACAUGGCUACGGGGUGUGCACAGGCCCUGGCGCCCAGGGGGAGUACAGCGGGCGUUGGAGUCGCGGUUUCGAAUCUCUGGGCGUCUACACUUGGCCCAGCGGAAACACCUACCAGGGGUUCUGGAGUCAAGGCAAGCGCAGCGGCCUGGGCACCGAGCGGAAGAGUAAGUGGAGUUAUAAAGGGGAGUGGUGCCACGGGCUGAAGGGCCACCUGGGCAUCUGGGAAAGCCACUCGGGCGUCGUCUAUGAAGGCAUGUGGCGUGAAGGUCUUCAGGAUGGCUACGGGAUGGAGACCUACGCGGAUGGAGGUACUUACCAAGGCCAGUGGCAGUCCGGCAAGCGUCAUGGAUAUGGAGUGCGCCAGAGUGUCCCGUACCGACAAGCCACCCUGGUGCGCUCCCCACAUCGGACCUCUCUGGAGUCUCUCCACAGUGAGGCCGAUCCUAACGUCCCUGUGGUUCCUCUCCCUCCUCCUCCGCUGCCUCCUCCACCACUCCCUGGGGACAGCCCUGCCUCAGGAUCCAGGGGUGGCUUUGUCUUAGCGUUCCCUGGAGAUCCAGACUUCCCCAAGGGCACCAAGAAGAAAAGUGGAGGGUUCUUCCGGCGUUCCUUGCUCCUGAGCGGGCUACGAGUGCGGAGGGCCGAGUCAAAAGCCUCUCUGGGCAGCAAGCGGGGGUCCCUCAAGAGCGAGGCAGGGGUCAGUUCGGCAGGAAGCGAGGCCACCACCCUCAGCUACGCCGAGACUGAACCUCCUGAGCUGCCUUCAACUCUGACCAUCGAAGGUUCUUCCACCGAGGUCUAUGCGGGAGAAUGGCGGGCCGACCGGCGCAGCGGCUACGGGGUGAGUCGCCGCUCCAACGGUCUGCGGUACGAGGGCGAGUGGUUAGGGAACCGGAGACACGGGUACGGGCGCACCACCUACCCCGACGGUUCCAAAGAAGAAGGGAAGUACAAGCUCAACCGGUUGGUGAGCGGGAAGGUGAAGAACCUCAUCCCGCUUCGACGGAGCAAAGUCAAAGAGAAAGUGGACCGAGCCGUCGAGGUGGCCCGCAGAGCAGUCAGCAUGGCUCGUCAGAAGCAAGAGUUAGCCAUUGCCAGGGCUGCAGAUGCUCGUCUGAAGGCGGCCGCUGCCCUGGGGGCAGCCGAAAAGGCGUUGGAAGCAUCUCGGUUGGCCAAGAUUUUGGCUCAAGAAUUACAGCCCAUUCUAGCGGAUUCAGAGCCGCGGGGCCGGCUAGAUUCGGAAGGCACCGACACCGAUUUCCACGAAUACGACAGUCCUCAUGUCUACGAGAACGGCAUCACCCCUUCAGACGUUACCCCGGAUCCGAGCUUACCGCCGAGUUACCCUCCCACUCCGCUGCAACCCUGGCGGGGGGAUCCUCGGCGGACUUGGCCUCCUUUGGAGAACGGGGGUCCUCGCCAGCACUUCCCCGAGACCUUGGAUGUGGAGGAGGAGUGGGGUUCGCGGGGUAGUUUCCCGUCUCGGACACCAGGUCUCGUUCCCGAAGGGUUGUGGGAAGGCGAGGAGGAACAGGGGCAGCUGAGCAGCUACGAAGCUGAGGAAGAAGAUUACGAGAGGGUCCCUCAGCACCCUCAGCUGGGCAGCCCAGCUAGCGGCAGCUCGGGCAGCCUCCGAGAAGAGGAGGAGGAAGAAGAGGAAGAAGGGAACACUCCUAAGACUUAUCCCGGGGAGAACCAGGACGAUACGGCACCCUUGGGAAUUCCGGUUGAUGCAGAACUGAAGAACAAGGAGCUGUGCAGAUCUUCUCUUCUGCUGAAGGGACCAGAGAGUCUACAAGCAGUCCAAAGGGGGAGACAGGGGUCUCAUUUGCUGGUGGUGGCGGCUGUCCUGUUAGUGGACGUGAGUUUGGCUUAUCUGUUCUCCCUCCUCCUGGCUUGAGAUGGGAUGAUGGAGGCUGGAGGAACCCCAAUGACCCCCAUUUUCUCCUCCUCCUCUUCCCUCCCCCCAAAGAAGUUUGAUAACAAACUCUGAUCUCUGGCUCUCUUCUCCCACCCCCCCCCAACCGCUUC